GAACUGUAUUGUAUGAAUUUGAUUUGAGAGAAAAACAAAACAUCUUUAGCUUUACAACAAAAUAUUCUGAAAUAUAAAACUGCAAAACGUGCCAGGGUUGCACGCAUCUAAUAAGCAUGCAUCCGCGAGGCAUCCUUUUUGCAGUCUGCGACUGAGAAAAAGGACGGUUCCUCCUCACUCGGCAAAAAUGGCACACCUUGGCAUGUUGAAAAUCAUGGAAAUCAACCCGGUUUCCAGAUUUUUUGAAGAACUAUCGGGUACCAUUGGAUUCCCCAUCGUGGAUUUGAGGUUCUACGCUUCGAUCCUAAUCUGCUAUCCUCUUGCCCUGUUCUCUCGUCGAUAUGUCAUCCACUCCGCCCCAAGCACUCAACAUCUCUUCUAUGCAGCAGCUGGCCUGUCCCUUGCGUACUUCAACUUCGGACUGGAUUGUAUGCACUACAUUGUGACCAUAAUAGCAAACUUUCUUCUGCUUCAACUGGUUGGAGGAACUAGAACAUCAGUAGCGGCUUCCUUUGCAUACAACAUGGGUUAUCUUCUGGUUGCAUAUUUCUUCAAGAAGGAAGACUUCCACAUGCUCGCUUGGGACACUCCCCAGUGUGUCCUGUGUCUGAAGAUGAUUGGUAUGGCAUUAGACGUCUAUGAUGGACAUAAACCUGACAAGAAAAGUCUAAACAAGGACCAGAAAGAGCACUAUCUACCCAGACUGCCAAGUCUCCUUGAGGUUGCAGGAUUUGCUUUCUUCUUUGCCGCAUUUAUGGGAGGCCCCCAGUUCUCGAUGCGUCAGUACUUGUACCUGGCCAAUCAAAAGCUGUUACCCAAGGGAGAGAUGGAGAAUCCUUCUAACCUUCGACCUGCUCUCAGGAGAUUCUUACAGGGUCUUGUCUAUCUUGGAUUAACCGUCUUCUGUCUUCCCGUCUACAGUCAAGCAUACUUGAGGAGUGACCAGUUCAUGCACUCAUCAUUUCCCAGCCAAGUUCUAUCUAUUCUCCUCUGGGGUAUCUUUGAUAGAAGCAAGUACAUCACAUCGUGGGUCAUGGCUGAAGGAAGCUGUAUUCUAACUGGUUUGGGGUAUAAUGGAAUCGACAAGGCUGGUGAGACCAGAUGGGAUCAUUGUGAAAACGUCCAUGUUUACAACUAUGAAACGUCAACAACUAUCAGAGAGCUAAUAGCAUCGUAUAACGUCAAGACCAAUCUCUGGGCUCGAAGGCAUAUCUACCAGCGACUGAGGUUUCUCGGAUCGAGACCGGUAUCUCAAGCUUCAACGCUUCUAUUUCUAGCAAUGUGGCAUGGGCCCUACACCGGGUACUUCCACGCAUUCAUCUUUGAAUUCUUUGAGCUUCUUAGUGAAGAAACUCUGAUUGAGUUUUGGCGGAUGCUUGGACUGAAGCCGCUAGCAUCGUAUCGUGUUGCGUACAUGAUUGUUUUUCCCCUGUUAAGACUUCUAAUGCUUUUAGGCUUUGCCUACCCGUUCAUCAGCUUUCAGUUCCUCCUUUUUGCAGAAUAUAGUCCAGUCUAUGCAUCUGUGUAUUAUGUUGGUCAUAUCAUCUUUGUCAUAUUACCCCUCAUCUAUCUUCUAUUAGUCAAACCAAUCUGUCUGCUUUUCAUCCCCAAAAGGUCUGAGACCGUCAAGAGUGAGUAGAGAAUAUUUGAAAGUCAGAGGGAAUCAUUCCAUGAGGGCAUUUCACAAAAAUAGCUCAAUUGCAUCGACCAGGUAUAUGGCAAGCCACCAAUACCGAUGUUUGCUGUGACCAUAUGUAUCGCAAGCCAACCGUACCCAUAUUUACUGUGACCUGACGUAUGGUAAGCCACCCAUUUUCUGGUUAGUGUGACCAGAUGUAUGACAAGCCACCCAUACUAAUGGUUGCUGUGACCAGAUAUAUGGCAAGCCACACAUAUUUUAACGUUUGCUAUUACCAAAUGUAUGGUAAGCCACCCGUCUAAUGGUUGCUGUGAUGAGCAGUCAUCAUUGAUGAGAAUACACUCUUUUGUCACAGUCACAAAAAGAGAAAUUUUAUACAUUUUCUCAUGAGAUACCGCAAUCAGAUAAGUCUCUCUCUUCAUUGAGUCACCAAAAAUGUGUGCAAACUACUGUCAUUCAAAAGAAAUAGAUUUGUUUUUGCUUUCUUUUGCAAUGAACUAUAAACAUUAAUCACUGAAUACUCCAAUCAAAUUAAUAUUUCGUAUAUGAUACUCCAUAAACUUGCCAUUAUACUCAGUGUACUAUUCUGUACUUGAGACCACAUAGACUUGCCAUAACAAUCAGUGUAAUAUUCUGGACAUGAUAUCCCAUAAAAUUGCCAUUACAAUGAAAUAUAAACUUUCCAUAAUUUUCUUUGAUUUUUGGUAUUAUUAGUAGAGCGGAUAAGCUCCAAAA